UAAUCACUUCGCCAUGGCGGACGCUGGCUGGCCGGGCUGUGCUAAGAGUUUAAAAGGUGUCAUUUUGGACCUGUGUGGAGUUUUAUAUGACAGCGGGGAGGGCGACGGAGUUGCAAUUCCUGGCUCGAUAGAAGCUGUGAAAAAGCUCAAGGAAUCCGACCUGCAGCUGCGAUUCUGCACAAAUGAGACCCAGGCCACCAGAGAGAAGUUUGUAGCCAAGCUUCGAAAAUUGGGCUUUGACAUCUCUGUAUCUGAAGUCUUCCCUCCUGCGCCUGCAGCCAUAGCUGUUCUCAAAGAAAGAGGUUUACGUCCUCACUUGCUGGUGCAUGAUGGACUUCUCCCGGAGUUUGACAGUGUUGACAAAACCAACCCAAACUGUGUGAUUGUAGGAGAUGCAGCUGAAAAUUUUUCCUAUCAGAACUUGAACGAGGCUUUCAGGGUCCUCAUAGGUCUGGAAAAGCCGGUGCUUUUCUCCCUGGGCCAGGGGCGAUACUACAAGGAGAUGGAUGGUUUAAAAUUAGAUGUUGGUGUUUACAUGAAAGCUCUGGAGUAUGCCUGUGAUUUAAAGGCAGAAGUAGUUGGAAAACCUUCCCCGACAUUCUUCCAGAGUGUUCUCAAUGAUAUGGGCCUUAAACCACAUGAGGUGCUGAUGAUUGGAGACGAUCUUUUAAAUGAUGUAGGUGGGGCCCAACAUUGUGGAAUGAAAGGUGUGCAGGUGCGGACUGGCAAGUACAGGCCCAUUGAUGAGAGGCACCCGACGGUGACGGCUGACGGCACUGUAGACAACCUGGCCCAGGCGGUGGACAUGAUCCUCGGUCAGAGGGGGCACUGAACACCAGGCAGUGGACACUGAACUCUAGCUGAUCAGCAGUACCAUUAAAAAGUAGCUUCUGAAAGUUUUCUUUGUUAUGGAAGUUAAAUUAAUUAGCCCAUGGCCUCUAUAAACUCUUAACAGCCAACUGUUUUGUCACACAUGGGAAAGACUCCCAUCUGUUGCUCUGCGAAGUGUGACACAAACUGGAAUGAAGUUUGCAGAACAAUUAUCCCAUCUGCAAGAGAUAGCGUUGAGCAUGCUUGAGCUGUACUGUGUAUUUGUCAGUACAUGAUUGGCAUAGAUAAGAUACCUCAAGAUGACACGAGUGUGCCGUAACCAGCUGCUGACUGACAGUUAAAAGGCGAGAGAAAUGCAGUGUUCAAGUUCCCACAGUCAAAUUCUCCGAAGAGCUACUGUACUCACAGUUUGCACUAAACAUUUGCUGCACUUUAACGCAGAGUAAUUGUUGUGCGUCAUGUGAUGAAAACAGAAAACGUGCACGACCCAUACAGAGCUGAAGAAAAUAUUUGAUUUUUUUCUUUGAUUAUUAUAAAUAAAGAUAAUUUUCGACUCUGUGUGAAAAUGUGUGGAAUCUCCAUCAGUUUGGAAAUUUGUCUGAGUCAUUGUCAGAGAAAAGCUCAAGGUCUUAAAGCACUUGGGGAAAAUUCAGCCUUGGCUCAGGUUUAAACUGGCAUUCAUAUCGGAGAGGCUUUUGUUUUACAAUAAUAAAUCGCUGGAAAUGGGAAGUGAGCUGGUCUGAGAGAUGAUAAACGCAACCACUGCUGAAUGCGAUAAAUUAUGCUGAUGCUUGGGCUCAUGUUUCUCUCUGUGUAAACAAAAAUGAAACCGACACUCCAUCAGAUUGAAGAACCACAGAUCUUCAACUGCUUAUCUUUAUUUACUUGACUUUAAGCGGCCUUUUACUGGAGACGGUCCUGUCAUAGCUUCUCUGUCAAAAGCCAGUCAUUACACCACGGUAUCCACACCGAGGGUUAAUAAAACGACCAUGACCGAAAAAAAAACGAAAAAAAGAUUGGUUAUUGGGCUUCAGUGUCACAGUUGGAUCGUUGAGAUCUUUGGAAAUGGAGCGUAAAACAAAUGAUUCUCAAUCGUUGCCCCCAAGGUUCCACUGUACCAAAUAAAUUCGACAAGAAAAAAAAAGCUCAUUUUCAAGUGAUACAUUGAGGUCUCUUAGGUUUAUUUCACCAUUAGCAGACACAAGCUUGAGUAUGUCUGGGCAUUCAGAGGUAAUGAAAUGUUAUGCAGUAGUAUGAAACUGCAGCUUGACUGGUUGUACCACUCCUAUUUGCAAUUCAGAAAUAAAUGUUAAUGUGCACAGAAAAGCACUUGCAGCUGGUACCCAGUUUUUUAACAGCCUGCACAUUGUUUGACCCUGUGUUUUGUACAUUAUGUUACUGCCUGCUGGACUCGUAUUGAGCUAUUAAACAUGCAUUUGAAUACUCUCGAAUGAAUUCACUUGGCUUUAACUAGGUUAUUUUUCCAGUUAAGGGAGGUGAAGUAUCUGAGGGAUCUAGGCCACAGUUUACAACACACACAUACACCCCUUUUGGCAGGUUCACCAUCACUAGGUCUUAAACUCAAACACACACACGACCCAGAGCUGGAUGAUUGUUAACCUCACCUCUUAGGCCAGCCUGAGUUUAGCUGCCAGUUUGACAUAAGUUACAAAUUAGCAACAGUUUACAUAUCGUGGCUGUCUGCACUGGUAAACAGCGAUAUACUGUAUUCCUAAUGGGGUGCAGUACAUUGAUUCCUUUCCUGUCGCUGCACAGCAAGAUUGCUUUCAGAUAAUAGAGGUGACCUCAUUUUGGGAGACAUGUCUGGGCAUGUAGAGUAGGAUUUCACUGUCAUGGGACAAAUUGAUAGACUGGCAAAUCCUUGUCUCACCAAAGCUGUUAUGGAGAUUAACGUGUAAAGGUGAUUGCUACAUCAGUUUGUCACCUUUGGGCGUUUUUGGUAUUGUAUUGUGUUCAUUACGUUAAAAUAACUGUAUUGUCUUGUACUUCAAUUUAUGCUAGAAAUGAAAUAAAAUACGCACAAAAUACGCAAA